CGGAGCCGCGAAAUCUUAGUUCUUCCGCUCCCCUCCGUCCGUCCCGUAAGAGAGCAAAAUUUGGAAAGAAUCGCCCUUCCAUUAAGUUUCUGACCUCGUCUCCCCCAUUUCUUCGCAUUGGGUUCUGAAUUUUGCAUCGUUCUUCUCCUAAUUCAUCAUGGCCAACGCCGAAAACCUUGAGGAAUCCAGCCCCCUUCUCGGCAAGGUCGUUGAAAAUGAGGAUGAGAAGGAUACCCAUCGCACCUCCACCGCGGCUAAGCCCGAAGCGGUGCCUCCGCCGUCUCCUGUUCGGAAAGAUGCCUCGGAGGAGAAUAAGGGCAGCGGUGGCGAUUAUGGAUGGACCGCCGAUGGGCUGCCUGUUGAUGGCAGUGUGGUCGGCGAGCCGGUUGGUCGGCCUCAAUGGGAAACUGGUCUCUGCGCUUGUCUCGGUCGCCACGAUGAGUUCUGCAGCAGCGAUCUUGAAGUUUGUCUUCUUGGAAGUGUGGCUCCUUGUAUGCUGUAUGGAAGCAAUGCAGAGAGACUUGGGACUACUCCUGGGACAUUUGCAAACCAUUGCAUGUCAUAUUCUGGUCUCUACUUAAUUGGAACCUCUUUCUUUGGCUGGAACUGCCUUGCUCCAUGGUUUACGUUCCCCUCCCGUAUCCGUAUCCGCCGAACGUUCAAUCUAGAGGGUAACUGCGAGGCGUUUCAUAGGUCAUGUGGCUGUUGCGGACUCUGUGUCGAAGACGAAGUUCAGCGUGAGCAGUGUGAAUCUGUCUGCGACUUUGCAACUCACGUCUUGUGCCACACGUGUGCACUUUGCCAGGAAGGCCGUGAACUCCGUCGAAGGAUGCAUCACCCCGGGUUCAAUGCUCGUCCCGUGUUAGUCAUGAUCCCACCUACCGAACAGAACAUGGGGCGUGGAGUCUGAGAUCCUCAUCCUGCUUCAUCUUUCAUGUUAUGUUACAGUGGUUGGUGCCUUUCUGCUGAAUCUGCAUGAAAACUAUAUAAGUGAAAAGAAAAUAUACAGUGACGAGGUUUUGUAUGAAUGAGACGGCAUGUCAUAUUUGUGGAUAAUAUACUGCUCUUUUAUGCAUAGAAUAUGUAUGUUGAAAAUAUUGGUGAGGAUGAAUGUUUCGAUUUGUAUGUUUCUUUUAUCAUUUGAACUCAUAAAUUUAAAACUAUACUUUAUGGCCAAA